AUGAAACUGGUGCUGUCCUGGAUUCUCCUGAUAGUUUGCAACGGCCUGGUUGUCGGGUACCGCAGCCCACUGAAUGACUUCCAGCGCUCUGAGGGGAGGGAGCUCGUUCCUACACCUUGGAACUCGGCUCGAGUGGUCAUCUUACCCGGCCUGAACCUGGAGGACUGUGCCACACGCUGCUCGCAGUCUCUGGAGUGCAGGGCCUUCAACUAUGAGACACGCCCCUCCAUCACCUGCAAACAUUUGCCCUGGGUGGGUGAUGGGGACAACGCAGAGGUGAAGAGGAAUGUUAACUGUGACCUUUAUGAGAAGAAAGUCUACGUAAGGCAGUGCAUCGUGGGUAAAGGAGAAGACUACCGAGGCAAAGUCUUUAUGACAAAAAGUGGGCACACUUGCCAGCAGUGGUGGUCCAAGUUCCCUCAUGAUCACAGGUGGACUCCCACAGCUACUAAUGGCCUGGAGUUGAACUUCUGCAGGAAUCCAGACGGGGAUCGUAUCGGGCCGUGGUGCUACACCACUGACCCAGAACGACGCUACGAAAGCUGCAAUAUCCCCCACUGCAAAGAUGAGGUGUGUAUCACAUGUAACGGAGAGGACUACAGAGGCCAAGUUGACCACACUGUGAGUGGCAGGGAGUGUCAGAGAUGGGACCAGCAGUACCCUCACCAACACAUCUACCAGCCCGAAAAGUAUCCCGAUAAGAGUUUGGAUGAUAACUACUGCCGUAAUCCAGAUGCCUCGCCAGUCCCCUGGUGUUACACUACAGACCCCGAGGUGGAGAGAGAGAGCUGUGAGAUCAGCAAGUGCACUGUGGUUCCAAAGAAACGGCACCGUUCCAGCUACACCACUAACUGUUUUCGUGGCCGCGGGGAGGAUUACCGGGGGAAAGUGAAUGAGACGACAUCGGGGAUCCCCUGUCAGCGGUGGGAUGCCCAGGAACCUCAUGAGCAUCCCUUCUAUCCAAAUACAUAUGAAUGCAAGGGUUUGGAGGAGAACUACUGUCGUAACCCAGAUGGAUCGGAGGCUCCCUGGUGCUUCACAUCUGAGCCCACAAUGAGGACUGCCUUCUGCUUACAGAUCAAACGCUGUGCAGAUGACAUUGAAGCUGAGGAUUGCUACCAUGAAAAUGGAAAAAACUACAGGGGCAUGGUUCGCAAAACUCGUAAGGGUAUCACCUGCCAGAAAUGGAACGUUAACACACCUCACCAAACAAAGAUAAACCCAAAGACACACCCUGAGGCCAAUCUGACAGAAAACUACUGUCGUAACCCAGAUGAAGACCAGCAUGGACCUUGGUGCUACACCACUGACCCCAAAACUGAGUUUGACUACUGCGCCAUCAAACAAUGUGCUGGAGAGAAAGUGUCCAUGAUUGAAUCAGCAGAGCAGCCGCAGUUUAAUGAGUGCGGGAAGAGAGAUGAUCGUCCUCCCCCAAUGAUGCUGCGCAUUGUAAAUGGGGUUCCUGGGAACUCGCCGUGGACAGUGAGCCUCAGAGACAGGAAGGGGAACCAUUUCUGUGGAGGAUCCCUGAUUAACCCCAAAUGGGUGAUCAGCACCAAGCAGUGUUUCUCCUCCUGCUACGUGGACCUCCCAGGAUACUCAGCCAGGAUGGGAACAUUGUUCCGUGAUCCCCAGGAAGGAGAGCCUGAUGUGCAAACCAUCCCUCUCACCAAGAUCGUCUGCGGACCCUCUGAAUCUCAGCUGGUCAUGCUUCAACUGGCAUACCCUGCCCAAUUUAAUGAGCGGGUUUCUCCGAUCUGCCUUCCUCCUGAACGCUACAUUGUAGCAGAGGGGACACCCUGUGAGAUUGCUGGAUGGGGUGAGACUAAAGGCACCGGAGACGAGACUGUCCUCAAUGUGGCCCAGAUACCAGUUCUUAGUAACAAGGAAUGCAACAAAUACUUUCGGGGUCGCGUGCGAGAGAACGAGAUGUGCACCAGCUCUUUCCAGGGUGGUGUGGGUGCCUGUGAGAGAGACUACGGCGGACCUCUUGCUUGUCAGAACAGUGACUGCUGGGUGCUUGAGGGCGUGAUCAUCCCCAUGAGGCGCUGCGGACACCCAGGCCAGCCCAACAUCUUCAUCCGAGUCUCUGUGUAUGUGGAUUGGAUCAAGAAGGUCAUGGAAAUGACUUAGUGACAGAUAUACGGGAAUCCAACAGGGACUGACGCAUCCAGCAAAUCUGCUUUCACAAUCUCAUAACCAGCUCUUAUAAAAUGCCCUUUCAAAAAACACGUGUUUUUUUCUCCUCAUACAUUGUCCUCUCAUAAUAACUAUUUCUCUCACACAACAAAAUUACUCAGCAUGUUUUAUUAUCUGUAACAUUAUCAUAACGCAGAGAGAUUCAUGU